GCAGGUGGGCGGCCCCGAUCCGAGCUGACAGCGGCUGGGGCGGAGGGUGGGGGGCUGCACCGGGGCGGCCGCCGCCUCUUCUCAUGGACCUGUCCAGGUGCCAGCCCUCGCCGCCGCUUGGAUGCUGAUGUGAGGCAGCCCAGGGGGGUGUCCUGAGCUCCCGCGCUGCCCCCCCUCCCAGCUCCAGCCCCCCCAGAUGCAUUCGCUGCUGGAUCGCAAGAAGAAAGCAGGCAGCUGCGUGGAUGCUGGGCUGGAGCUGCCGGCUGCAGGUUCCCUUCCCCAGCCUCAGAGGAUGUUCAGCUGCGUGGGCUGCUUCUGGGUCCUCCUAUCCUCCUGCCUGGUGGCCGUCUGCAGCUUCAGCUUCCUCUCCCCUGCCUGGAUCGUGAAGGAGCAUCACCUCCAAGCCCACGGCGGGGUCAGCUUCGGCUUGCUGUGGCACUGCUCCGAGACGCUGGAGCAGAUGUACAGCUGCUACACCUUCGGGGGCCUGGGCAAGUUCCACGAGAUCCCCUCCAGCGCCUGGCAGACGAGCGCAGUGCUGUGUUCUGGAGGCUGUGCUCUCUUGGCCAUCAGCUGCCUGCUGGCGAUCAUCGCUAUAUUCCUGCCCAGCGGGCUCUGUGAGAGACGAGUGUGCACCCUGGCUGGCUACAUGCAGACAGCAGCGGUAUUCAUCAUGGCAUUUGGACUUUUGGUUUAUCCUUUUGGCCUCAGCUCUGCUACAAUGAAGAAAUUCUGUGAGAAUUCAAGCAUAUACAAUGCAGGAGACUGCCAGAUUGGAUGGGGGUACAUGUUGGCAAUUGUUGGAGUCAUGUUAUCUGUCUUUUUACCAUUCUUUGCAAAAUAUGCACCAAAAGAGUACAUAUCUCCAACUCCAAUACCUACUAUUUUAUAGUAUUUUAUUAGUAUUUAACAGCAAAACAUUCCUGUUAAUCAAUGGGCAGAAAGUAUUAUAGCACUUCCUUUUAGCAUUAUGGCUAAAAAAAAAAAAAAUAGAGGGAGAGAGAGGGUCAGAUCACAGAGACCAAAAGUGCACUGAUAGUCUUCCGUAAGCAUGAGAAGCUAACACUCUGGAAUUGAAAUAAAACUAAUUAGCAGCCUUUAUGCUGCUCUAAACUUAUAAUGGCUUAAUGCCUUAGUCAAAAAAUCUGUUUAUCCUCAAAACAUCUGUCUACCUCCCAAACAGUUUCUUUUAUGUCUCAAAACAGUAAAUCUGUUAAAAGCCUCAGUUCUCUUUUAAUGUCUCUUUUUUAAAUGUCAGAAUUUUUAUGAACCCAAUCAUUUUAAAUCUGAUAAUGAUAUUUUGUUAUAGUUAUUAUGAGUGGGGAAAAAGCCUGCUAGUAACCAGAGCCUAAAAUGAAGCUUACCUAUGAAGAAAGAUGUAUGCAAGUUCUUUUGUUUGUUUGUUUUUAAUCAAUGCAUGUUAGGAUUGUGCCUGAAUAUUGUAGUAUGUAGGCACAUGUUUUAGUACUGGUCUAGCAAUUGGGAAGUAUAGCCUCCACAGUGAUUGCUAUACAUUUUAGCUAAGUUUUUGCUAAAGAGAGCUAACCUUUUCAAAAGGCCCAAUACUAAAAUAGCUUAAAAAAGAGAAGUAUAUUAAAAGAAGUGCAUUUGUUUUACCAUAGUGUUUAAAUUAUGAUUUUGCAUGGAAUUGUAUAUAAUUAUUUAUAGUUUAGGGGGUUUUGUAAGUCUGUAAGGUAAAGACUUCAUUUAUAAAACAUAUGUGUCCAAUGGCAAAAGUACCUGUGGACAUUUCAUCAUGAUGCAAGGCAGAAAGGGCCAGAGUAUGAUGGCCUUACUCAUGCUGACUAGUAUGUUGCUCCAUGAAAUGUGAUUUCUUGUGAAGUAAAAUACUGCUCAAUGUGAGUAUGUGUGGCAGACUUUGACUCAGUAUCAUCCAAUGUAAUGUUGACUAGAAAAGUCACAUCUGAUGGGUAUUUUUUGUGUGAAAUUUAUGAAGUCUAGUUCCAGCAAUGGCAUUUUUGGUUUCAUUACCACCAAGGACUCAAACAAAUGCACCACAUGCCUUAAACAAAAGAAUGAUUGGGUUCUAAUAUUACUCCAUUGCCAUAUUUCUCCUUCAAAAUUAUGGUAAAAUUCCUAUCCAGUACCUAGGUCAUAAGGAUGUUAUUUAUUUUUAAUAUAUACUAGUAAAGAUCUGAACCUCUUAGAUUAUAUUUUAAUACUGAACCUUACUUUUCCGCUUUUUAUUUUGUCCUGUGAACCAACUGAUCAAAUCUAUCAUCUUUGUUUGUUGUAUGCAGUGUUCUUGUAGCCAUUUGGUCCCAGGAUCUUAAAGACAAGGUGCGUGAGGUAAUACCUUUUAUUAACCCACCUUCUGUUGGUAAGAAAGACAAGCUUUCAAGAUUACACAGAGCUUUGG